AUGCCAGAAGUUUCUAGUGAUGGACAAAAUUGGUAUUUCACUUACCUUCCAUACAACUACAAUGGUUAUAUGGAUCCAUAUAUCCAAGCUUAUCAAGAGCCCGAUACACCAAUCAAUGAAACCGCAGCCCCCAUACAUUUUGUGUCGAAAGAUAUGAUCUCUUAU